AUGCAGGCCGAAGCCCGGAGCCCCCCCCCCCCGAGUUCGUGGAGAGGUUGGAGCGCAUCCGGCCAAAGGAAUGGCGGGCGGAUCAGCACGUGCUGUGCAUCCUGCUGUGCAUCCCGCAGCACCAACACUACGACGAGCGUGCGGCUCGCAAGAGCGCCUACCGAGUAUGCAUUCCUCCAGCUACGGGCACUCGCUCCAACCCCCUUCCCGCCCCUCUCGAGGACAAGCUGCCACCAUACCAAGGCGUGUCUUGUUGUUGUCACGAGUAGCACCCACCGCCAGGACGUCUACCUCUUUGAAGCGACCAUCUCGACCGCCCUCCUCGAUCAGCUGGACGACCCCCGCAUCUGCCCGAAGCGACCGACGCCGCCCAUCGUCAUCAACCGCAGCGUGAUCAAUGUCGACCCGGCCAAGAGCUUUGGGACGCGCGUCGUGGCCGCGCUGGCGGGCUACGGGAGGUUGCGCGACGAAGACGGCGGCUCGCAAGGCGACUCGCGAGGCCUCGGCGACUCAUCGAGCAGUGACGCAUAG